GCUCUGCACGAUAUCUAUUGUCUUCCGGCCGACCCCCCUGAGCCAAUGAGAGGGUCGAUAAGUGACGCUCAUCCAAUCAGCAGCCGCUUCAGUGUGUUCUGCAGCACGAUCCUCCCACCAGUGUAGAUUCUCCUAUUUUGGCGGCUGUGCAGAAACAUGGCGGAAAAUUUGAAAGAUUGCAGUGUGCCCUGUAAGAUGUCUUGGGAGGAGCUGGAGGCCCUGUGUCGCAGAGAGAGGCUUCACUGUAAAGAGCUCGGAGUGAACAGAGCCAACGCCAAUGAGUAUGAGGUGGAGUUCCUCUGUGACUACAAGAAGAGUAAGGAGGAGGAGUUCUACUUGGUGAAGUGGAGGGGGUUCCCCGAGUCGGACAACACAUGGGAACCCAAGAGGAACCUCAGAUGCCCCAAACUGAUGAAGCAGUUCCACCUGGACCUUGAUCAGGAGCUGAGGCGCCACAAGAGACGCUGCAUCCCUAAAAAGCUUGAUAAGGAGUUGACCUCAGUCCUUAUCCAGAAAGCCAAACUCCGUCAGAGUCUGCAGCGCUGGGAGGCCCAUUUGAACCACACUCGCAACCACCCAGGUCGCAUUUUUGUCAUGAAUGAAGUGGACCUCGAGGGCCCCCCAAAAAACUUCACCUACAUCAACAACUACAAAGUAGGCCAGGGCAUAGUGUUGGAUGAGAUGGCUGUUGGCUGUGAAUGUAAGAACUGUUUAGACGAGCCAGUGAAUGGGUGCUGCCCCGGGGCCUCCUUUCACCGUAUGGCCUACAACAAUAGGGGGCAGGUUCGGAUCCGGGCGGGACAGCCCAUUUACGAGUGCAACUCUCGAUGCAACUGUGGCCUUGAUUGUCCCAACAGAGUGGUGCAGAAGGGCAUCCAGUUUGACCUGUGCAUCUUUAAGACGGAGAAUGGCAGGGGAUGGGGUGUCCGCACCCUGCAGCAUAUCAAGAAGAACACAUUCGUCAUGGAGUACGUAGGAGAGAUCAUCACAACAGAUGAAGCAGAGAGGAGGGGUCACAUAUACGACCGCCAAGGCUCUACAUACCUGUUUGACCUGGACUACGUGGAGGACGUGUAUACAGUGGAUGCUGCUCAUCUCGGCAACAUCUCCCACUUUGUCAACCACAGCUGUAACCCCAACCUUCAGGUCUUCAACGUGUUCAUUGACAACAUCGAUGAGAGACUCCCGAGAAUCGCUUUGUUUUCAACACGGGCCAUUCGUGCAGGAGAGGAGCUCACCUUCGACUACAAAAUGCAAACAUUUUCUAGCAGUCUCUACUGUCCUACUGUCCCUGAUCCGGCUUCUGGUUGUUUCCAGUUGAUCCUGUCGACACAGAAAGCACCAAAAUGGACUCCAGUUUCAGUCUAGCGGGGCUCCCCAGCUCUCCCAAGAAGAGGAUUCGAGUGGAGUGUCGGUGUGGAUCAGACUCUUGUAGAAAGUACCUGUUCUGAUGACAAACUGUCAUUCUGUAAAGAUGUGGAAAAUUGUACAGACUUUUAAAUGAAUUAUUAUUUUCCUUUUGUUUAUGAAAGCUGAAAUCCACCAUCAACAUUUGACCAUGACAGACAAAACAAAAAAAAAACACAAUCCAGUUUCAUAUCUGUGAUGUAACAGAAUGUAGAGCUUCUGGUUUCCACUAAACUAAAGCCUGCGUCAGUGGGUUGUUUCUGUAAUUAUUUUAAAUAUAUCUCUCCGUCCAUGAUAAAAACAGAUGAGUCCGUGUAUCAGCUCAGCCCAAGUGCAGAACAAGAAUGACUGUCCUGUUAUUAUGUGACUAAAACAUGUUCUGGGAUUCUUUACAUGACAGGUGUGUGCCCCGGCCUUCUCAUGACUGCUCAAUGAUAAAUGCUUUGUUAAAACAGUCCAUAAUUUCUACCAGUGUCACCACUGUACUCACCAAGACCACCUGAGAUCUGAGAACAUCCUGAGAUCCAGAACACCUGAGCCAUAUCACUAAAAGACGAACUAUGAUCAACAGUAGAUAAACCUGUGGAAGUGAAGAUAUCACAAACCUCCAUCACAGUUCACAGAGCCUCCUCCUGAUUGACCUUUGACCUAGUGUACCUGCUGUAGUAUAAUGAGUGUGAGGUUGACCUGGUGUGUCUAAUUGUUUAGUGUUGUCUGGUAGAAGUGAUGGACAGAGGUCCGAUAGUCUCAGUCUGUUGUAUUUUGUUACUUCCAUUUUAAUUAAAUGGUCACAGACAAAAGUCGCCAUGUUCUAAUGGAACCAACCAGCCGAGGCAGUGUUUGGUUUGGAUCCUGAUCUUAUCCUGUCAUCACCUCACACACCUGGCCCAAUUACAUUUUUUACUCUUAUAUAAUUUGUGUUUUGGUUCUUCUGCCUUGAGUUUUGUCGCUUGUGUUUCAUCAUGCUCCUGAUGUGCAGCUGAUGAACAGUUCAGGUCUCGGUAAGAGCCGGUUCACACAUUGUGUUGCCCUGUUGUGAAUGUUCACUUGAAGGCACGGUGAAACACCUGCUGCCAUGUUCUUCUCCUUCACCCCACUGCCUCUCUGACCCUCCACCAGUCUGCCCAUCUGACAACCACCAGCAUCUUUACCAGUAACCAGCCCACAGCUCCCAGUCAGCAUGUAGCAUGGAGCUACUGUCAGCUGAGUUAACAUAUGUAACAUAUAAUAUAUUUUUACACCUGGACUCAGCUUUAACUCAGCUUUACCUUCUGUCACUUCAAUGACUGUCUGUUUUGUGGUCAAAUAGCUGAUGAUUUUAAAGUGUAUAUAUUUCAACAUUUUAACUCAGUAUUUUUUCAGUGUGUUUUAGGUGGAGAACAAAAACAAUGUAAAUAAAUGAUUAUACAGUG